UGUGCGAUGAACGGCGUUGCUGUAAGGAGCCGCGGGGUGACGACGGGGCAGGUACUGAGCCUCUUGCUUUUGUUCGGCGUUUCCGACUGGGUUUCCGCCGCGAUUCGCUAUGCGAUUCCCGAGGAGGCGCGGAGAGGCUCCGCGGUGGGGAACGUGGUAGCCGACCUGGCGUUGGACCUCGGGCGGCUGCCGGGACGCCGGCUGCGGGUGGUGUCCGGCGGCAGCAAGAAGUACUUCGGGGUGGAUCUGACGAGCGGCGCGCUGCUGGUGAGCGAGCGGAUAGACCGGGAGGAGCUCUGCGGCACGCUCUCUCCCUGCUCGCUCAGCUUUGAGAUCGUGGUGGAAAACCCGCUGGAGCUGUACAGCGGCGCCGUGGAGAUCCAAGACAUCAAUGACAACGACCCGGUUUUUCCCAGCAGCCAGGCGAGGCUGGAAAUCAGCGAGUCGGUGGCGGCCGGAGCGCGCUUCCCGCUAGAGAGCGCGCAAGACCCCGAUGUGGGGAUUAACUCUUUGCAGACCUACCAGCUCAGCGCCAACCCGCACUUUGCGCUCGACGUGCAGACGAGGGUGGAUGGCAGCAAGUACGCGGAGCUGGUGCUAGAGAAGGAGCUGGACAGGGAGGAGCAACGGGAGCUUCACUUGGUCUUGACUGCACUGGAUGGAGGCAGCCCGCCACGGUCGGCCCACGUGCAGAUCCACAUUGACGUUGUGGAUGCCAAUGAUAAUGCCCCGGUCUUCAACCAGUCCACCUACAAGGCAAGCGUGAGGGAGAACACGCCCAGCGGUACCCUGGUCGCCAGGAUCCGUGCGUACGAUCUGGAUGAUGGGCCCAACGGAGACAUCGUCUAUUCCUUCAGCAGCCACACGCCUGCCAAGGUACGAGAACUCUUUGCUCUGGACUCGGCCACAGGGGAGUUGAGGGUCAAGGGGCAGCUGGACUACGAGGAAACGAAGCUGUAUGAGAUUUACUUACAGGCUAAAGACAAGGGUGCCGUUCCUGGCGUGGCUCAUUGCAAAGUGCUGGUGGAAGUCGUGGAUGUGAACGACAAUGCUCCAGAGGUGACAGUGACUUCUGUGUACAGCCCUGUGCCUGAAGAUGCAGCCCCAGGGACGGUUGUAGCUCUGCUGAGUGUAACGGACUUGGACUCCCAUGACAACGGUCUGGUGAACUGCUUCAUUUCCCCUGGGAUCCCGUUCAUGCUCAGCUCCUCCCUCAAAAAUUACUACACAUUGAAAACAAAAACAGUUCUGGACCGGGAAAAGGCAUCAGAGUAUAACAUCACUAUCACCGCCAGGGACUCAGGCUCACCACCCUUGUCUGCAGUAAAACAGAUCCUGGUUCAGGUGUCAGAUGUCAACGACAACGCGCCCAAGUCUUCCCAGGACUCCUAUGAUGUGUAUGUUCUUGAGAACAACAUGCCUGGCAUCCCCAUCCUGAACGUGAGCGCCACAGACCCAGACCUUGGGCGCAACGCCCAUCUCUCCUAUACCCUCUUGCAGGGUGACCCCACUGUAGGCCACCUCUUCUCCAUCAACCAGGAGAAUGGCACCCUCUACCUGCUCACCUCCCUGGACCACGAGGACCAGGUGGAGUUCAGCAUGACGGUGCAGGUCCAGGAUGGCGGCUCUCCGCCUCUGGCCACUAACAUUUCAGUCAGUGUGUUUGUCACUGACCUCAAUGACAAUGCCCCAACCGUGCUGUACCCUCAUCCCAACACCACCACCACCUAUACCGAUGUGGUGGCACCAGGCACUCCUGCCGGGCACAUAGUCACCAAGGUGGUGGCGGUGGAUGCGGAUGCAGGGUACAAUGCCUGGAUCUCCUAUACCCUGUUGCAGGCCACUGACCCCAGCCUCUUCUCAGUUGGGCUGCACAGUGGGGAGAUCUUCACGGCCCGCCAGCUCCGGGAGGAUGACGCUCCCCAGCACACACUAGUUAUCCUGCUGAAAGACCAUGGGGAGCCUGUGCUGUCUGCCAGUGCCACUGUCUCCAUCUCUGUGGCUGAGAUGGUCAAGGAGGUGCUCACUGACCUCACUGAUGUGGCACCUGCCAAUGAUCCCAGAAGGCAUGUGACUUUCUAUCUCAUCCUGGCUGUGAUUUUGGUGUCAGCAGCUUUCUUCAUCACCAUGUUGUCAGUGGGCAUCUUCAAGUGCUACAAGUGGAGGCAGUCAAAGGAGCUGUUCAACAGCUCCAGGAGCACCCUGUACAGGACACCAGGGCCCUUCCAGCACAUUGACGCUGUGCGGGGCGGCUUCACACCACCCAACUUCUACCACCAGGUCUAUCUCACCACGGACUCUCGCCAGAGUGAUCUCCUGUGUAAAAAGCCCUUCACUUCCAGCCCCCUGGGGAGCCACCAGAGCACCAUGAGGAAUGGUGAGCCAGGGCUGUACCACCAGAUUGUGGGCACUGCCAGCAGGCUCCCUGUGCCUGCCGAGCAAGCUCAGCCUAACACAGACUGGCGCUUCUCUCAGACCCAGAGACCUGGUACGAGUGGCUCCCAGAAUGGAGAGGAAGGUGGGGCCUGGCCGAACAAUCAGUUUGACACGGAGAUGCUCCAAGCCAUGAUCCUAGCUUCAGCAAACGAAGCUGCUGACGGCAACUCGACCCUGGGCGGGGGGACGGGCACCAUGGGGCUGAGCGCCCGCUACGGCCCCCAAUUCACCCUGCAGCACGUCCCCGAUUACCGGCAGAACGUCUACAUCCCGGGCAGCACUGCCACCCUUACCAACGCCGCCAGCAAGCGCGAUGCCAAGGGCGCCAGCUCCUCGGGAGGCAACAAGAAGAAAUCCGGGAAGAAGGAGAAGAAGUAGGGAAGAAGAAGGAGACCUUAGAGCUACAGGGCAGCUGGCUCCAGCACUCCCCCAAACCACAGCCCAGGCCGGAGGACGAAUGUGAAUUUUUUUGUGAUGCAAAAAGUAGGAAACGCUGCGAAUGUAUCUCAUCAUCAUCAGAGCUAGGAGCAGGGGCUCUCUGCUGUUAGAUCUCAUGAUGAAAACCAAUCCGGAAGCUAAACUGAACACAAACAAGUGCCCUGUGAAUACUUGCUAAUGUUUUAUAUGAUCCCUUGGGUAUUAGAAUAUGCAAGGGCGGAAGGUCUUCUGCCACAUCUUUGGAUCCGAUUUGCUCCCAGAUAGUCUAAGAAAGGCACAAGGCUUGUGCUCGGCUUUGCCCAGUGUAAAUAAUUUUAACACGGAUCUUUUAAUUUAUAGACCUUUGAUGAUUUUUUGGAAAGGAAAAGGCAGUUCCUAGCGUAGAGCCCAUGCUCCAGAUCUUUGCUCUUAAACUUUCCAUUAGUAAAAUUCACCCCCAGUUAAUGAUAGCGCUGGAUUUGUUGCUGAGAAGUUGGUAGGGAGUGCUUCAGUUCCUGCUUACCUGUUACCUGGAAAAAAAGUAAGUGUUUAUAUUGCAUGAGUCAAAGGGAAUAUGGCAAAACUGCAUCCUAACAUCUUUUUUUUUUUUAAAAACUGCAACCACUGAUGGCCUGAAAUAUGAGACAACCCCCCCCUCCUGAUGUCUGAGAGGUAGGGAAUUCAAUGAGGAGCAUGCUGAGGUGUGCGGCAGCUGCCCUGGCAGUUCUAGGGGUCUCCGAAGAGCAGACACAUCUCAUCCCUUCUUUGCAGUAAAUAUUUAUAUGUACAGUCAAUGUUCUUCUGGAAUUAAAGCUAAGAGAGUCUUGCUCCCCUGUGGCCAGGCAGCCAUCUGGCCAAGUCCCUGCCAAGGGGACUGGGGGAUGAUGCUUCACGUUUCUGCACACCGCAUCUGCAUGCACGUCCUUCACCUCACACCUGCACUAGCACAGUUAGCUCCACGGACCCAGAGAAGUCCUCGCAUGCCCACGCAGUGUGGUGUGAACGCGCCGGCAGCCGCCCGAG